GUCCCCUCAGUAAGGUCCUCGUCUGUCGCUCACGGGGAACGCUCAGUGAGCUCCUCUCUCUACGGUCAGCGGUUUCUAGGAUGGAUUUUGCCCUGAUUCUGCGCUUUCUUGCUUUGAUACGGUCGCCGGAUAACUUUGGAGACCUAUGAUGAGGAUGUUUGUUUGAGGGAGAUGUGUUUGAUGGAGGUAUAAGUGCGCUUCACGUCGCGCAGUGGAUCGACAGGCUUGAUGGAAACGAUGUCGCCUCAGCAGGGAAGCAUGGCACAAACCCGCUCCGGGUCAACCGGGGAGGGCAAGGUCGAGAAUAAAAAGAAGAUGAAGACUCUGGCCCAGAGGCGUCAGUCUGCUCCCUCCAUGGUGAUCAGCAAAGCACUUACCAAAUCAAGGAGCUCCAGCUCCAGGGACAACCUCCUGAGCCCCGUGCGACCAGAGUCCUGCCCCCUGGUCCAGAGCCUGCUGCUGGACCGCACCGGCCGUGUCUUCCUGGAGCACGCCCAGACCCAGCUGAAGACCGGGCUGCAGACCCAGGACAGACACCUGCUCCUCUUCACAGACACUCUGCUGGUCGCCAAGACCAAGUCUGCAGGCCAGCUGAAGGUGAAGAGCGUGGUGCGGGUGUGUGAGAUGUGGCUCUCUGACUGCAUGGAGGAGGUGUGUGAGGGCAGCACUAGCCCAGAGAGGAGCUUCGUCCUGGGAUGGCCCACCUGCAACUAUGUGGUCACCUUCAGCUCCCCAGACCUCAAAGAGAAGUGGCUGCAGCUCAUCCAGAGCCGGAUAAGCGAGGAGAAAGAGAAGGAUGACCCCAAAACCAUCCCACUCAAAGUCUUCGCCAAAGACAUGGGGAACUGUGCUUUCGCCAAGACUCUGGCAGUCAGCCACGGGGACACCACCACGGACGUGAUCCGCACCGCCCUGCUGCAGUUUGGGAUCCCGGGUAGUGUUAAGGAUCACCAGUUGUGGGUCAGCUCCAGUAGGGACGACCCCCCCUACCCUCUCAUUGGUCAUGAAUUCCCCUUCAGCAUCAAGAUGAGCCACAUCCGAGACGGAGGAGUAGGUGGUGUAGGAGGUGUAGGAGGAGGUGCCAGGGAUCCAGCCAGCCCGUCAGACUGCCCAGGGGUUCUCCUCCUGGACCAGUGUCUCCCUCCAGACACCCAGUGCCAGUUCAUCCUCAAGCCCAGCAGGGUGGCUCCUCAUCUGGCUGCACUCCUCGAGCCCGGUCAGCAGAAGGCCUUCAAGAGGAAGCGCUCUCUGAUCAACUGGGGCUUCUGGAAGACUUCUAACACUCAGCUGGACGCCCACUCGCCCACCUCCCCCGGCUCCCCGCCCCCCCUGCCCGGCCGCCUCUUCUGCCGGCCCCUGGCGGACCUCUGCCAGCCCCACCACCGCCUGCCCAAGCCUGUCAUGGAGAUGCUGGUCACUCUGUACCGCGAGGGUCCGUACACCCGGGGCGUGUUCCGCCGGUCGGCGGGGGUGAAGGCCUGCCGCGAGCUACGCCACCGCCUGGACCACGGCGAGGAGGAGGAGGAGGGGGGGGCGGAGCUAACUGAGGGCUCCGUGUUUGUCACAGCCGCCGUCCUCAAGGACUUCCUGCGUAACAUCCCGGGGGCCCUGCUGUGUGUGGAUCUGUACGACCAGUGGAUGACCGCCAUGCAGGGGGAGGGGAGGGCGGAGGCUGUCCGCAGGUUGCUCAAACUCCUUCCCGGUGAGAACCUGCUGUUGCUACGCCAUGUGGUUGCCGUUCUCCACUGUAUCCAGGGCAAUGCCCAUGACAACCAGAUGAACGCCUUCAACCUGUCGGUGUGCAUCGCUCCCAGCAUGCUCUGGGCCCCGCGACCCAACUCCCCCCUGGACGAGGGGGAGAGCACCAAGAAGGUGUGUGAGCUGGUGCAUUUCCUGAUUGAGAACUGCAGUGAUGUCAUGGGGUCGGAGGUCGUGCCCCUGCUCCAGAGCUACCGCCAGAAGACCAGCAGUGAACACGACUCCGACGUGUCCUCCUUCCAGAUGAACGACUCCUCCUACGACAGUCUGGAGAACGAGCUCAACGACGAGCCCGAGUCCCCGGACCAGGAGCAGCUCCCCCUGCUGGAGCGCGACAAGCACGACAGCCGCAGCCGCGACUCGGUCAUCACCCUGAGCGACCCCGAGCCCGACCCCGAGCCCGAGGCCGACCCCCGGCGCCGGGUCAGCCCCGCCCACCGCCAGCCACGCCCCCUACCGGCGGUCCCGGUCUCCGGCCCUCGACGCCUGAGGAGGAGCUCGGAGCCGGCGCUGGCCGUAGGCGCGCCGCACAGCGCCGCCGCCGUCGUCGCGGAAACCAGCCCCGGGGCCGCGGGGAGGAAGGCGAGCUACGACGCGGCGGCGGCGGUGGAGGAGGAGGAGGAGGUGUUCCUGGAGCAGGGCCUGAGCUCGCUGCAGCUGCAGGAGGCGGGCCGAGUGAGGGGAGAGAGGGGAGGAGCCAAAGUGGCCGUCGUCGGGCGGAGGAAGCCCACGAAGUACGCCCCGCCCCCUCCGCUGCGAUUGGACGCCAGCUGCUCCUCUCUGUCGUCCCCGGCGACCUCGCCCACAGGCUCCUCCCUCAGCUCGCUGGACUCCGCCUUCUCCCAGUAUUCCACCGACUACACAGCCGGCCACACAGCCGCCAGCCCCGCCGCCCCCGCUGUGUUCCCAUCGGCCGAUCCCUCCCCCCUCUCCCCCCUCUCCCCCCGGGACUCCCCCCCCGCACACGGCCUCCACCCCAACACCUGGCUCCGGAAGGACCGCCGCCUAUCGCUACGGCAACCCGACGAGGAGGAGGCGCCGGUGGGCGGGGCCGGCCGCGGGGGUAAGGGCGGCCCCAAACAGGGCCUGUCGGCGGACGGCGGGCCCCCGUCCUACCAGCAGGCCCUCGUGCAGCUGCAGAGGAGCCGCGCGCCCUUCUACCGCGUGGCCGAAAGACCCCUCACCGUCCGCGAGCUGCGCCAGUUCCUCGACCUCCGACCCCCCACCGUUCCCACCUCCUCCGCCACCACCACCACCAGCGGCCCCUCCCACCACGCCCCAAGGGCCCCCGCGGGGAGUGAGGUCGGCCUCCAGCCCCCCAAGGGGGUGUUCUACGGACAGAACGCCACCACGUUGGUGCUGCAGCGGAACCUGUCCCCCACGACCCCCACGACUUUGACCCCCAGCUCCGGGGACGCGGGCGGCUGGGAGCGGCACCCCUCCCUGGCCCGACGCUCCUCUGAACCCUGCCGGGUGCCCCCCCCCUCCUACUGCCGCACCCUGGACCGACCUGGUGCCUCGCCAGAGGUCAAAGGUCAUCAGCACGAGGCGGGCAGGCAGCGGGUUUCCAACGCGGGCCUGUCUUCCUCCGCCAGCAAGGCGGUCAGGGACUACUUCUCGCGGCAGGGCGGCGUGGAGGGAUGCGCCAACCAGCGCAGCCAGGAGGUGGCGCUGGCGCUGGUGCAGGGGCGGCAGGAGUGGGACCGCCGGCGCUGCAGCGACCCGCGCGCCGACGACUUCGACCAGCUGUUCUUCGCGGAGGAGUCGUACGUGUAGCGGCGCACACGGCGACGGGAACACGGCCCAUCCUGAGUUAAGACGGUUGGGUUGCUACGUGGCGUUCUGGGGAUUCUGUGAACGACAGAACGCACAGUGACCCAGUGCUGGGGCUGUUGGCGGGAAGCUCCUGCUUACUGCUCAGCCAAAGGUAGAACCUCAACCUCUGUGGGUUGAGGUGGGAUCCAAGAUAGCAUCCAGCUAGCACCCUGCUAACGCCCGGCUAGGAGAUGGCUAGCACCUGCUAGGAUCUUGCAUGGCUCCGGCUAGCAUCCGGCUAUCAUCCAGCUAGCAUCCCGCUAACGCCCAGCUAGGAUCUGGCUAGCACCUGCUAGGAUCUUGCAUGGCUCCGGCUAGCAUCCGGCUAUCAUCCAGCUUACUAACAGCUAGCUACCAGCUAGCCCAUCCUUGCUGUAUUGCUCCAAUAAUUGCAGAGGGACCCUUUCUGAGUACUCCCACAUUUGGACUCUCUCCACACUCCGAGUACAGGAUAUUAUUGAUGCGUGACAUCAUCACUGGUCUCUGAUUGGCUGCUGUCUUGCCAAACCCAACCUCCGCCAGGAAGAGUUCUUCCACGUACUCUGUGUGUGCCUCAGAAGUACACAAGUAUCCGCAGUACUCUAAGAACUGAACUGUCUUUAGCGAGAGGCCUAAGUUGGCUCGCAGAUUUGUUAAAGGGUCCUAUUUUUUGUUGUAUUUAAAGCUCUUUUAAAAGAUAAUUAAGUGUAAAGGAAAAUGUACAGCAAAAUUAAAUGCCAAUUGUAAAUUGUAUUACCCUUCUUAGCACUUCUCCAUUCCCCACGGAACAGCCAAGUCUUAGAAACAGCCUGUAGUGUGUGUGUGUGUGUGUGUGUGUGUGUGUGUGUGUGUGUGUGUGUGUGUGUGUGUGUCUGUGUGUCUGUGUGUGUGUGUGUGUGUGUCUGUGUGUACCUAAAAAACCUUUCUACCAGUAUCCGUGUUGUGUUAAUUGACCAUGGUCUUUCACCUAAAACAAUACACCCAUAGUGCUUAUUACCUACAUAAUACUUCUCAUUUAGUGCAAACACAGUGUUAUUAUGCACCAUAUUAUGGAAAUUACUUUGAUUGUUAAAUGCACAGGUUAAUACUCCAGGUAAUUCCCUUGUAAAGUAAAAACACUAAAUAUUUGUUUUAUUGAUGCUAUAAGGUUAAUUGUGUUCAACAUGUAUAGUUCUGAAUAUUUAUGAUCUUAUAGAUUUUAUAAAUAGACAUUAUGUUAUGUACUUUUCAAUGUUGUGUCAUACAACGAAACCUAAUUGUGUAUUUUUGUACAUGCCAAUUCUGCUGCUGUAUGAAUAGAAAGUGAAUUUGCUAAAGAACGCACCCUUUGUACAUCUGUACAAGAAAAACAGAAUUGAUUAAAAUAAACAUUGCAAAAUGAUCCUUCUACCUGUUAAUUAACAUUUUGUCAUUUAUAUUGUGUAAUUUAUUCAGACAGAAACUCAUCCCACAACAAGUGUAAUGGGCAGGAUUAGAUCACAAA